UCCAACCAUCAUCAGUUAAGACUGGGGAACAGUUUAGCAGCUGUGCCUCGGCCGGUGAUACUGAUCCUUAUCAUUAUUAAUAUUUUUGCUAAAACGGAUUUGCGCCGGUGGACCCUUGGUUUUGGAGCCCAAAAAACCCCUCAUAGAUAUCUAUACAUGGUAUGAGGUGGAAGAAACGGGACUAACCUAAUACUAGACUAUCUCAAUAUCAAGUCCCCUGGGGAUCUUGUAAGGUAUGGCUACCGGCCUGGCCUCAGUCCACCCAAAACUCUUGAAUCCCGACAAUCCCAUUAGGAGUCUAUCACUAGCCUUCUGGUUGUGGAAGGCUCUUCUGUUUCUGGUUAUCAUUGGUUGCCCGGGGCCUGGUUAUGAUACUUCCACCGGGCUGCUACCUUACCAGGAAUCCGCUGCUUCCGAUGCCAAAUUGGAAGUCAUUAGGCAUGCGCCCUUCUCAUUUUCUUUGAAGCUGGUCAGGUGGGAUUCAAUAUACUUUAUACAUAUUGUGCGGGAUGACUAUGUCUUUGAACAAGAAUGGGCAUUUGGCUAUGGGUACACUAGAAUCAUCUCCUUUUUAACAUCCGUUCUCCCUCAAUUCAGUGGCCUGGACGGUGUUGCCAAAGUCGCGCUAGUUGCAAUUGCCCUCUCCCAUAUUACCCAUUACUUUUCGGUAUUGGCUCUAUACAGACUAUCCAUCAACAUCUUUGGUCAUGACAGCACCUCAGGGAGGUUAAUUAGUUUCCUUUCUGCUGCCUUACACAUUAUUUGCCCUGCAGGGGCAUUUCUCUCUGCACCCUAUGGAGAAUCAAUAUUCUCCUUUCUCAACAUUACUGGGUAUUAUUUAUAUUCGGCCUCCCUACUUGAUGCCAACGCUGGUAAGCGGGCGUCCAGCGAUGCGAACCUGUUGCUCGCGGCUGCAUUCUUCUCAAUAGCCACGGCAGUCCGCAGCAAUGGAAUCCUUAGCGGGACACUAUUUGCAUAUGACGCGCUGCUACAGUUGCGCAAGAUUAUCUCCCAAGGUAUAUCCGGGGAUAAUUUGCUUCGCCUAGGUGUCAUUGUGGUCGGUGGCUGUGCAGUAGCCUUGGGGCUCAUUGUGCCACAGUGGAUUGCGUACACAGCAUUUUGCGUGUCUGACGAGCCUCUGCGACCGUGGUGUGAACAGCUCAUACCUAGUAUUUAUGGCUGGGUUCAGGUUCAUUAUUGGAAUGUAGGGUUCCUACGGUACUGGACACUUUCCAACCUGCCUCUUUUUAUCCUGGCCUUUCCCAUGUUGUUCUUGCUGUGUCACUCCUCUAUCUGGGCGUUAAACACGACAUGGCCUUCAGAUACAGGAACUUCAUUUUUGACACGACUUGCAGCGCCCAAUGGUCUACUUGCCGUGAUGGCUUUUACUAGCUAUCAUGUUCAGAUCAUCAAUCGGAUAUCCUCUGGGUAUCCUCUCUGGUAUUGGUACCUUAUAUGUCAGGUUCUCAGCCAUGUUGCGGGUCCUAGUAGCCUUGUUAAGCGCAGUCAAACUUUUACGAUUGCUGUACAAGGCAUGGUGAUCUAUGCAAUUGUCCAGGCGGUUCUUUUUGGAUCCUUCCUGCCACCAGCUUAGGUUUUGUCGAUACUGCACAGAUUUCGUCUUUGUAGGAUGAGUUUAU